AUGAGCCCUCCUCCAUCCCGGAAGAACGGCGGCAGUCAUCCUUCCGCUCCAAAGCAGAUUCGCUUCGUUGCUACAGACGGACAACCGCAGACAAAGCGACGACGAGUUAACGCUGCGUGCCUUACAUGCCGCAAGCGCAAGACACGAUGUUCCGGUGAGCAGCCAGUGUGCCGGACAUGCGUUGACUACAAUCACAAGUGCCUCGGUUAUAGCGAAUCUUCCCAUGUUCGAGCGCAAUCUGACACCGCGCCUUGUACCCCCACCACCACAGCAUCGCAAGCCACUCCAGUUGAAUCGACUGCUUCGCGGGGACUCUUGAAGACCGAGAAUCAGCCACUAAGAUCUCUGAGACGAAACACACAGACAACGGGCGAUGACUCUUUUGAUAAAUCCUCCGAGAGAUCAGAACCGUUGAAAAUAGAACGCCGUUCACCACUUGAGGACUCAUUGCGUCGAACGGCAAACGAGAAUGCGACAAAGGAGAAUGAUCAACAAGCGGCGGGCGAGAGCCCAGAAAGCAGUAUGUCCCAGAAACAAACUGUUAACAAACUGUUUGCGUCGGUCUCUAGCCUUGCUCAUUAUUUUCUUUUCUCAGAUCGCACUUCCGGUAGCUCCAGCGGCCGUACCCAUGUUCCUUAUUUUAGAUAUUUUGGGCCCACGGCCAUUGUGCCUGGGUUUAAGCAGAUGGUCAAUACGUCCUCUAUCUUCCGGUUGUCCAAGUACGGGGUUCACGGAAAAGUAAUGCAUCAUUGUCAUCGGGUUAACUCGAUCUCACCUCUGCGGAGUCCGAAACUCCUCGACAACAGUGUCAACCCCAUAGCCGAUAGCGCUCACAACCGUGACGCCAACACAAUCCCUUUCUAUGACCGGGACGACGCCCUACCUGUGGGAAAUCUGGUCACUCAUCUUUGCGAGUUGUUUUUCAUUCAUUUGGGCUGUAGCUUCCCUUUCCUGCGGCGUGACCGCUUCCUGCGUGAUCUGAAGGAGAAGAAAAUCGAUACCAUGCUGGUUGAUUCCGUGUGUGCUUUAGCGGCUAGAUUCUCACCACAUCCUCUAUUAAGUCCUCCGCAGGCGCCUCCGAUUGAUGCAUCUGAGCCCCAACUGGACAUGAAGAAGUCAGACCGCGGCCAGCCGUUUGCAAACCGAGCAAUGAGCGCCCUGGUUGACUCACUCGCAUUUCCGACUCUCUCCGUUGUCCAGGCAUGUUUGUUGCUUGCCUAUGAGGAAUUCGGUUCAAACCGUGAUAGUGGGUUGUGGAUGUAUCUGGGUAUAUCCAUUCGAAUGGCGCAAGAUCUAGGGAUGCAGAAGUUGCAAGGCCUGGAUUAUAGUUAUGGUCGAAGUGGUGUAACACCCAGCGCGGUUAUGACAGGGCAAGCAUCGAAAUUGAGAGAAGAUGAAUAUGACGAACCUCAAAGUGGUUCGGGCUCAAUAAAGGAACCACAGGAGGGGGGAGACCGGCGCGCCUGGGAGCGUGAGAGAGUAGACACUUUCUGGAGCAUUUUCUUCCUCGACAGAGUGAUCUCGUCUGGAACCGGACGGCCAGUGACACUACGGGAUGAGGACAUAGAACUACGCUUCCCUCUUCAAUCGGAAUCGCAGCUUCCCAAUGGCUGGCCGUCGCCAUUCCCACCCCUUAUCCGCAUUAUCCAUUUGUAUGGGCGGGUUACGGACCUUAUUAAUGGCAUGCAGGAUGCCAACCAUAUCACGCCAGAUACGCUGAAAAGACUGGCUGGGAUGGAAAGUGACUUAACUGGUAUCUACCAGCGGUUAUCGCCGAAGCUUCAUUUCAAUGCUGCUAAUUUUCAAGCCUAUGUGAAGGCCAAGGAGGGAACGAAUUUUAUCCUCCUUCAUUUCUGGUUCCACACGGUGAUCGUUCUUUUGCACCAACCCACUCUUCUCAACUCCUUUGGAGGCACCAUGCAACACCUUUACCCGAAUAGCAGAGAGCUUUCUAUGUCGUCAGCAAAGACAAUCGCGGAUAUCUUGGCAUUUUCUGAGCUUGUGGAUGGAAAGAGUUUCAUUGGCAAUCCUUUCACCAGCCAGCCGAUGUAUAUAGCAGCAUGUGCUUUCCUUAUGGAGAGUGCUUAUUAUUCUUCUCCCUCCUCUCGAUCUGCCUCGCCAUCCCACCAACCAUUACUCGCCAAUCAGACCAGCGGGUUCUUUAUGGACUCCUCUGGCUCAUCAGAACGCAAGCCCACUACGAAGUAUAGUCUUCUCGCGUCUGCCGCUUGGGAAAACUAUCAGAGAUGCUACAAAGCUUUGAAGGCUCUGGAGAAUUACUGGGAAGGUACAAAGUACAUAUUGACGGUUUUGGACCAGAAGGCAAAAGGGAUAGUGGAUCCCUUGUUAUAUACUGAAGAGGAGAUGGAGGGCACUGCCGAGACAUCAUCUGUCACGAACUUUACCGGAUCUAAUUGGCGCCAACCAGUUCAUGCUGCUAAUACCUCGGACAGGUCCGCAUCUGGCCACGUCUCUUCCAUGGAUGGAGGACGGUCACCAAGGAUGGACCCUACUCAAGCUAUCGGCUGGUCUCUUAGUAACGCAACCAAUUCCUCGCAGCCCAACCUUAGUCUCCUCUACCAGAUGCCUGCUGCUCAAGCAAACGAACGCGUUUCUAAUAGUCAAUCUCACGCUUCUCGAACUCGCCAUGGCUACCCCGAUGUUUCAGUUCAAUCAGACAUCGAGCAAAGCUCGAGCUCUUAUGCGCGAAACACUGAGCGCACAAAUAUUUCCAAUGUGGCUCAUGAUCAUUUGGUUUCUCCCCGCCGAGUCGCAGCCUCGGAAGUAAAUCUUCUCGGUGUAAAUUCCUCAUAUCCUCAUCCUGCACCGCGGCCUCCGAAUUCUCAGUCAGCGCACAAUCAGAGCAUUCAAAUCUCAUCUUCAUCAGGCCUCAACCCUCAAGUGGCAGCAUAUAGCUACUUACCAUCUACUACAGCUGAUCACCACACCAGUGAUAGCCACAUGGCAUCAAGGCAUUCUGAUACUCAUUCAAGCAUGAAUCCGCAGGCCGGCGAUUUCCUAAUCGAGAGUCAAGACAUCGAUAUGUCUGCCCUUCACCAACAAGACCAGCUACCUCUUCCCUUCACUCAAUUACCUUGGCUGGAGUAUUUACCCCAAGAUGUUCUCCUUUACUUUGGCGAACACCAAAACUUCCCUCUCAUGAGCACUAAUGAAGGUGCUCCUCCUCCGCCUCAGUAA